ACGAAACAUUGGGUUUUAUAGAGCACGGUCUACAACAGAUUCUCCGCCCACAUAAUCGAGAUCCUCUAAAACUUUCUCUCUUUCUCAUUUCAAUGUGAAAGUUCGUGCAAAGCUACAAGAAAGAACGCCCGAUAUGUCACUCAGACGGGAGCUUGCUGUUCUUCAGAGAUCUCGAUCUAUGAGAGAUCCUUCCAAUAGUCCACCUUCAUGGGGUUCCACAUUUGUGCUUGAUCGGCAUCUUAGAAGGGGCCAUGCAAAUGAUUCAAUGUGGGAAAAUGGCCGACCUUCUAUGGGAAUUGAACAGCAAAUGGGCAUUAAUGGCAUUAAUGGACAUGAUGGGGGUCAGGAAUGGUCAAGAGUCAAAAGAGAUAUACCAAAUCUAAGAAAUUUGGGUACCAUUCAAGACAAUGAUGUUAUGCUUCAUAGGUCCAUUCUUGCAAACUCAGGACAAAAUGAUAAGAAAAUGAAACAGAAGGGAAGGGAUGAACAAGAUCAUCAUCAUCACAUUAGGACUCUAUCUGAGCAACUCAGUGAAGUCAGCUUCCAUGGGCAGUAUCCAGGCCCAAAGAGAACAAAAAGGCGAAAAAGGAUUAAGAGCACACGAAAAACCCGAACAGCUAGAGUCUCCCACGAUAUUGCAUCUGAAAAUGAAACUACCAUGUCCUCUAAUUCAUUUGGUCAUAGUUUAGAGGAAAAUGUCAAUAGGUCUCCAAGUAGUGGCUGUGGUAUUCCCUGGAAUUGGUCAAGAAUUCAUGAAAGAGGAAAAACAUUUCUAUCUUGUGGCUUGUCCGAUUCAAAAUCUAAGAAAAGUGGUCCUGCUGCUGACUGGAUGCAUGAUUAUUCAGGCGAAUUAGGUCUUUUUGCUGAUAAUCUAUUGAAGAGUGAUGAAAGUGUAUACGAAACUAGAAGACACCAGAAUCUAACUCAGAAAUACACCCCAAGAACUUUCAGAGAUCUCAUUGGUCAGAAUUUAGCUGUUCAAGCUCUUUCAAACGCUGUAGCUAAACAGAAGGUUGGAUUUCUGUAUGUAUUCUACGGGCCUCGAGGUACAGGAAAAUCGUCUAGUGCGCGUAUAUUUGCUCGAGCUUUAAACUGCUCGUCUGUGGACAGAACUAAACCAUGCAGCAUUUGUGAUCCGUGUGUUGCAUAUGAUUCGGGAAAGAGCCAAAAUAUUAGGGAAGUUGGUCCAGUUAGUAAUUUUGACUUUGAAAGUAUUAUGGAUGAUGUUUCACAUCUGCAAGUGUUCAUUUUCGAUAAUUGUGAUACUCUGUCUACUAAUUACUGGAGUGCAAUAUCAAAGGUUAUUGAUAGAGCACCGAGAAAAAUGGUGUUUAUCCUUGUAUGUUCGAGUCUUGAUGUUUUACCUAAUGUAACUGUAUCUAGGUGCCAGAAGUAUUUUUUUCCGAAGCUGAAGGAUACAGAUAUUAUGUAUGCUCUACAGCGAAUAUCAUAUAAAGAGCAUCUAGAUAUUGAUAAGGAUGCAUUGAAGCUAAUUGCGUCGAGAUCAGAUGGAUCGUUAAGGGAUGCUAAAAUGACUCUUGAGCAGUUGAGUUUGGUUGGGAUGAAGAUCUCGGUUCCUCUAGUGCAGCAGCUGGUUGGACUUAUCUCGGAUGAGAAGUUAGUAGAUCUACUUGAUUUAGCAUUGUCUGCUGACACUACAAACACUGUCAAAACUUUGAGGGAGAUUAUGGAAUCUGGUGGUGAACCAUUGGCUUUUAUGUCACAACUUGCUACAGUAAUAACUGAUAUUUUGGCUGGCAGUCAUGAUUUCAUAAAAGAAAAGCCUGGAAGAAGAUUCUUUCGCCAUCAAACCUUAUCAAAGGAUGACAUGGAAACACUCUGUCAAGCUCUGAAAACAUUAUCCGAAGCAGAAAAGCAAUUGAGGGUAUCAAAUGACAGACUAACAUGGCUGACUGCUGCACUUCUCCAACUUGCUCCGGAUCAACAGUAUAUGCUUCCGCCUAGUUCUUCUGCAGACGCAAGUUUUCGUCAUAUGUCUGAGAAAGAGAGACCAAGAAAGAGUGAUGUGGAGAGGAGGAGAUUGUCAACAAAAAAUCUUGGCACGGAAUCUUUGCGAUCACCAAAUCCUAAUGAAAUUUAUUAUAAUACCAGGAUCAAAGACAAUAAUGGUUCAUAUGGAAGACGACAUUCUGUUUCUGAGGUGGCUGCUCAAAGGGUAAACCAUAGACAGUUAUCUGAUACAUUGAAUGAAGAAAUUUGGCUGAAGGUGAUAGAUAAGAUUCAAAUAAAUAGCAUAAAAGAGUUCAUGCAUCAAGAAGGAAAACUGGUGUCUCUCAGCUUUGAUUCAGUCCCCACAGCUCAACUGAUGUUCAGUUCUCAGCAUACAAAAUCCAAAGCAGAGAUGUACAGAUCCUACAUUUUGCAAGCUUUUGAAUCUAUUUUCGACUCUCAAGUCCUUUUACAAAUCGUUAGUCCGUUACCAAAAGAAUCGGGAGAUAUGACCAACACACCUAUCGUCUUACCAUACUCUAAGAAUGCUUCAUCUCUUCUAAACACAACCGGAGGACCACAACACGAUAACUCAAAGGAAAUCACUAGAUGUAAUUCAAAAGGCAAAAGAAGUAUGAAAGGAAGGGAUGGUUCAAUUCGAGUGCGUCGAUCAUCUGGAUCCGGUUCAUUUGAAAAGAAUAGGGAUAACAAUGAGAUUGUUGAAAUAGCUUCUCGAAUUAAAGAACAUAUUAGUUUUACGAGUAAUGCAGAAGAUAUAAAUGAACAAAAUCAAAGCCAGAGCAUUGUUGGAAGCAAGAUGUCACUAGCAGAUGUACUUCAGCAGGUUGAAGGAUCGAGAGGAAGACGAAUUAAUGGUUGGUCAAAAAGGAAAGCGGAUUCUAUCGCUGUGAGGCUAGAACAACAGAAUCUGGAACUAGAACCAAGAUCUAGAAACUUCCUUUGCUUGAAGGAAUCUACUGUGGUAACUCGUCGAAAGUUUUCAAGGUGCAAGAUAAGAACAAAGAAACACAGGCAAACAUUGAUGAAAUUUGUGUCAUGUGGAGAGUGCUACAACGAUAAUUCCUCAAGGUAAAAUAGUCAUCGUUAGUAGUAGUUAAGGUGGUGGUUGUUUUUGUUGUUGUUUUUAAUAAGAAAACAUAUUCAAUUUAUUUGAAACAUAAACAAAAGAUUUAGACUUUGUUCUUUGAGAUUAGUCUAAGGUUGGUCGGCUGUCAUGUUGUCUGUCUGGCUGCUGUUGGGUCCUUCAAAUCAAACUUUGAAAAUGAAAGAAUUAAUAUUCAAUUUGGGGUUUACACUUUA